AUGAGCCGCACCGCGCGUAAUUGGUGCCCGCGCAGUACACUGCCUCCACUGCCUACAUUGAUCGAGCUGGACGAUGCUACGGUCAAAGAUGCUCAGGUCGACACGAAGCUCGCCAAAGAACCCAUGACUGGGCAGCAGGAAAAGGACUUCGGAAACCUCUCGCUUAACAAGCCUCAAUCUGGACAUCGUCACUGGGUGCCAUUCGCAGCUGAGGAGAACGAUCCCGUACAACCAGACGACCCGGAUAGCUGGCUAGCUCGGCAAUCCGAAUUCUCUAACGUACCCAAGCAACCGCGUCGAAACGGCCGUGGUAAGGCAACCGCUCACCACGCUAGUACCGUCGAACCUGCCAACCUUACUUCUCCAACUACACCCCGCCCCACGGACCCAGUAAAUAAUCAGAAGCCGCCUAACAAGAGAUCCCCGCGCAACAAGAAGAAGAAAAUUGGCAACAACAUGGCCGGGCCAUCCAACGGAAAAGCGAGUGUUUACGUCCCUCCUCACCUCCGCAACCGCAGCUCUGCCGACGGUGGAAAGGCAGACUCUGCCCAUGACAGCGGUGUUGCUGUCAAUGGAUCGCGUUCUACGUCCAAUCAGUCGAAGCUCGGGAUGAGCAGCAAGCCUGAUCUCAUCUCCAACGGUGCGAAUCAUCAGCAAGAUUCGUCUGCUUCGUCACCAACAACGUCGCCCAGCAAUGGGAAGAACGGGCUGCGUGGAUCUGCGAUGCCUGAGCCCACCACCUACAACGGCUGGGACCAGCCCAAGGUCGAGUCUCCUCCCACUACCAAAGCUCCGGGAAAUCCACGAUGGCCCCGAGGUCCACAGCCCUACAAGAAGACAGUCUGGCCCAAGGCAAAAGAUAUGAAGUAUAUACCCUCAAGCAGCGACAGUGAUGGCGGCGUCGGCUUCAGGUCUGACAGCAAUGGAGACCCGGAUUACGACGCCAGGAAGCUGACGGACUGGGAUGGUAACUGGCUGCCCGCUCCUGAGACUUGGACCGGACGCAAAGGUCACGCAGACCGUCAUUUUGGCGCUAACAUAGAGCGAUGGGCUGCGGCAAUCCCUGACGAAUACAAGGUCCAAGUUUACCUCCCACCCAACACGUUCACUCUCGGCAAAGAAGUUGCACCUCGCUACUGGCUGGAGGUAAAGAUUGAGGGCGACAAUCUUAGGACGAACUGGCAGAAACUUGUAACAACGAAGUCCGAGCCUGAACUGGUAGACAACAACGAUCUCAUCGACUACUUACCUUGGUGGGAGCUUUACGAGGAUAUCAUCUAUGAAGAGCACAUCGAUUCCAGUGACAGCCAGGACCAGAAGCGCCUCACACACGUGUCUAGCUAUCUCCACGCUCUGGCAGCUCCAGAACUUAGGGUUGACCCGGAAACGAAUGAACCUCAUCAGUUAGCUUCCGCUGAAGCCAAGGUCCAGGCAGUGAAGAAGCAUAAAGAGGACAAGUAUCGCAAAACGAUGGCGAAACGGAACCGUCCCAUACCAGAGUCAAAGGCUCCUGUUCAACCGAUGGUGGACCGUCGGUUGCGCCCUGAAGCCAAUAUAUAUAUUCGACCCAUUCAGGCGAUGGAUGUCCGGGGCAUCGCAGAGAUCUACAACUUUUAUGUCAGGGAUACCAUCUUCGCAACCGAGUUCGACGAACGCACUGUGGCUCAAAUCGCUGCGAGAAUCACGGAUAUUACCAGCGCAGGCCUCCCGUACCUAGUAGCCGUCUCCAAGAGCAACCAGCACCGGGUCGACCCGGGCUAUGUCAACGAAAAGAUAGUUGGUUUCAUCCACCUCGACGACUUCUGUGGUCAAGCGACUCUAUACCGCUACACAUUCGAGAUGGAGUUGUUUGUCCACCCAGGGUUCGUUUCUAAGGGAAUCGGCAAGUGUCUCGUGGAUCGACUUUUGGAGAUGGUCGAUACCAGCUAUCGCGCCCGUGGUGGAUACGAGUAUGUCAACAACUUCGACUAUCUCAAGACAGGGCCGUCAAGAGUUGUCAAGACCGUCUUGCUCAACGUUCACCACGAGAAUGGCGAUGACUUGGAUGCUGAUUGGCGAGGCAACUUUCUAAGCGCUUGCAAGUUUAUCCGAGUUGGUAGACUUCCGAGGGUGGGAUACAAGCAUGACAAGGUCAUCGACGUCUCGAUCUUUGCGCAUCAUACCAAGGAGGAUAUCGAUCCGAGCGCUCGUCCCACUGUAGCGGGUUGA